UUUGUUUCUAUUGUUAAAAAAACGAAAAAUAAUUCGGUAACACUGAUAACGAAAGCACUGCGCUCGAGACUAAAUCCGGUCUCUUUUCAACACAGUGCAGGAUGGCCGUGGGUAAAAAUAAACGCCUGACCAAAGGGGGCAAAAAGGGUGGAAAAAAGAAGAUCGUCGACCCAUUCUCCAAGAAGGAUUGGUAUGAUGUAAAGGCUCCAGCCGUGUUCAAAAACCGUCAAAUCGGUAAAACUUUGGUGUCAAGAACCGUUGGAACAAAAAUUGCAGCUGAUGGUUUAAAAGGCCGAGUCUUUGAGUGCAAUCAGGCUGAUUUGCAUGGCGACGAAUCAACUUAUCGAAAGAUGAAGUUGAUUGUUGAAGAUGUUCAAGGCAAACAUUGUCUCACCAACUUCCAUGGCAUGAGUCUCACCAGGGACAAGUUAUGCUCAAUGGUAAAAAAGUGGCAAACAUUGAUCGAAGCAUCAUGUGAUGUAUCAACCACUGACGGAUACAAGGUCCGUAUGUUCUGCAUUGGAUUCACUCACAGGAGAAGCAAUCAGAUCAAAAAAACAUCUUACGCCCAACACAUGCAGGUGAUUAACAUCCGAGCCAAGAUGAUCGAAAUCAUGACACGAGAGGUGAACCUCGGUAACCUUCGUGAGCUCGUGAACAAACUCAUCCCUGACUCCAUUGCUAAGGAUAUUGAGAAGGCUUGCCAAGGCAUUUACCCUCUUCAUGAUGUUCAUAUAAGAAAGGUUAAGGUGCUGAAGAAGCCAAAGCUUGACCUUGGUCGAUUGAUGGAGAUGCAUGGUGAAGGAAGUGCCAAAACUGGCCAAUCCAAGUCCGACACUGGAUCCAAGGUGGAACGCUCUGGCGGUGACAGUUAUGAACCACCAGUCCAAGAUUCCGUUUAAAUAAUAAAAUCGGAAAACAAGUUUA